CACAUGACUGCUGACUGUAUGCCUGCUGCGCUUCGCAGCACUUCGUUGGCAGUGUGGUCCUAACUGUGAAUUAGUCAUGGGUGUGUUUUAGGCGUAUCAUUCAAUAAGCCAAUCAGAGUGUCACCUCUCAUUCCCUUUAAAAGAGGCGCGAUUGGAGCGCAUGGCGGAGAGCUAGUUAGAUGGCGGGCCUACCAACUGGAAAGAGUGAGCGUUUUACAGCUGAGGAGACGGAUCUCCUCGUGCGGGAGGUGAAGGCCCGUCAGAACCAGAUCUACGGGGACAGCAGACAGGCACCCAAGCUCCCCGAGGUAAAGCAGGCGUGGGAAGAAGUGGCGGCGAUCGUUUCCUCGUCUUCUGGUAUCACCAGAACCGUGACACAAUGCCGCAAACGGUAUAAUGAUGUCAGAAGACGGGGGAAACAGAGGGUCGCCGCCCACCGACACCAGCAGCAUGCCACAGGAGGAGGCCCACCCAACACCACCGACGAUCUGACGCCAGCGGAGGACAUCGCCGCCUCUACCCUGAGUGUGGAGAGCAUUGAGGGCUUUGGGGGACUACAGGUUGGCGUCCAAGCUCCGCUGGCUGAUGAUCCAGGGGCUGGACCCAGCUGCCAGGAGCAGGCGGCUGUUGUGGGGGAGGAGGAGACCGCACCUGCACCUCCGACGAGACGGAGACGGAGGCAGCUCGCCCGGUCUGAGGACCACCCAUUCGUGGAGGUCCAGCGAGGAGGCUUCACCAUGCUCGAGCGGGAACUGGGUGGCCUCAGGCGGAGUGUUGGGCGCCUAAACACCCGCCUGAGCCGUGUUGAAGGCCUGCUGCGGCCCCUUGGUCGCAUAGCCGAUAGUUUGGACAGGCUCGCUGGAGCAGCUGAGCGCCUGCUUCAGCGAGGAACACCGCCAGAUUCUCCUCCUCCUCCUCCUCCUCCUCCGAUCAGCGUCAGCAGCACGUUGGAUGACGCUUCUGAGAAAGGCAGGGCUCAGUCGAAACUGUCAAGCAGAGCACAGCUGUCAGGACUGCCGCGGAGCUCCCCAAGGUGCUGAUCCUGCAGCUAGGACCUGUUCAGCGUUUUCUCCCCCACCCACGUUUGUUAAUUGUUUUCACUUGUUUCCUAGAACUGUGUUCUGCCUCUUAUUUGCAUGUGUGUCCUCUCUACACUCAGAUAACAAUAUAAUAUAAUGUAGCCUAGUAUAACAUGUUAAAACAAAUGCAAUGUGUGGGCUUUGGUUUUCAAUCAAAAAAAUCAGUUUGCUUACCAGGCUACAGAUGACGCAGCUCUUCUGCCAGCUGAUCUCUCCUUGCCCGUGCCGCUGCUGGCGUAUUUGGGUUAAUUGGCAAAGGCACAUGCAGUUCAGCCUCACGCCUUCUUAAGUCCUGUACUGUGUCCUCAUUUUGAUCCAAGAGACAUCCAUGGCAUAUGGCAAUGUUAUGCAACACACAACAUGCCACGAAGAAUUCUCCGACCUUCUGAGGGCUGUAUUGUAAUGUACCACCUGACUUAUCCAAACAUCUGAAGCACAUUUUUAGCAUUCCAAACGUUCGUUCUAUUACACUGCAUGCUUUUGUGUGUUUUCGGUUGAACGACAAUGCACGCAGUGUUGUAGGCAUGAUAUACGGUGUAAUCAUCCAUGUCUUUAAUGGAUAGCCGUUGUCCCCUAACCCCUCCAGGGGGGGAUCCCCCUGGAAGACUGCAUGACAGAGUUGGCUAGUAUGAAGGAGUCAUGGCUUGACCCAGGAUAAUUAGCGAAUACAUGUAUAACUUUACAGGCUGCAUCGCAGAUCACCUGGACAUUUAUGGAAUGGGUUCCCUUAUGGUUGAUGUAAAUCACAGCAUUCUGUGUUGGGGCCCGUAGUUGCACAUGGGUCCAAUCAAUUGCACCCAGGACCCCAGGGAACCCAAACCUCACCCAGAACUCCUGUUUAACUCGAUUUUGGCUGUCAGGUGUCAUGGGGAACUGAAUAAAUUCACUGGCAUGUCGGAGUAGGCCUGAUGUGACUGCAUGUAUGGCCGAACUUAUGGCAGGUUGGGAUAUGCCUCCAAUUGAACUCAGCGGAUGCUGAAAUGACCCACUUGCAAAGAAAUAUAGCGCAGCAGUGACUUUUACAGCAACAGGGAGGGUAUAGGGAGUGUUGGAAUGCGUCUCCAGAUCAGCUGACAGGAGAUGGCAUAUUUCCGUCACAGCCUGGCGAGAGAGACGAACUUGUUUUUUUGUUUGUUUGUUUUUAAAGAUAUUUUUCUGGGCAUUUUUGCCUUUAGUUGACAGGAUUAAUUACAGUCUAGCGUGAAAGGGGGAGAGAGAGAGGGAGUGACAUGCAGCAAAGGGCCACAGGCCGGACUCGAACCUUGGGCUGCUGCGGCAACAGCUUUGUACAUGGGGCGCCCGCUCUAUCCACUAAGCCACUGACGCCCCAACAGACUUGUUUAACAGCGAAAUACUGCGCUGUUGACUUUAGACCAGGUUUUUGUUGGUCACUGGCGCAUUUGCUUUUUAUGUCAUCUAACUAGCAACACGCCAUGACUGCGCCUGACCACUCCUCAUUUUUAGACCAACACACCCAGAGAAGCGCAAGUUCAUUUGCUAGUUAGACGACGAGGACGCAGGGCAUGAAAAUGACAACUGCGCCUGCAUCUAAAUAGCAAUGACACUUGCAACAUGGAUUAUGCGCCCUCCGCCGUCCACUUUAGACCAUCUAAAUAGGGCCCUUAGAGUUGGUUUGAGAUUCACCAGGCGUCUUUCUUUGUUGCUCCGACCAGCUGUUUUAGUAUAAAGGGCAAGGAAGUCUGCGUAUGUGGUUGGGUUACACAAAAUCUGGACUUUCACAGGAGACUGCAGUUUGUGUCCUGUGUGAAAGUCAACCAAGUUAUUUUAGUAUCAACAUAGCAUAGAAUGCAAGUAUGUCUAGCAUACUGUGCUAGUGACGUAUGCCACGUAAUGUUACGUCAGUGAUUAACAUAUUUAUUUUACACUAAAUAUAAUAAUGUAAAUAAUAAUACUGCAUUUAACAAGUAUAAAAGUGCAUUCAUACUUGUGUGUCAGCUCUAUGCAGAGCCUACGUUGUAGCCUAUGCUGUAGCCUACACACGCAAAUUGGCUUCAUUAUAAUUUGCAGGAUUCACAGACAAAACACUUGUCUUUUGCUGGCCACAUUCCCCACAAAUACAACAUGCUAAUGCUAUUAGCACAAUCCUAUGGAAUUUUACAUUGUAUAAAUUAGCCUAGCCGCUAAUGAAGUUUUCCUCUACUCAUAUGAAGCCAAGAAAAACAGCAACAUUUAACAAAGGUAACGUUACAAAAUUCGGCUCCAUUACAGCUCAAUAGGUUCACCAACAAAACAACUGUCUUUUACUAAACAUGUUUUCCAAACAAAUACAACAUGCUAACAUUAUUAGCACAAGCCUAUGGCAUUUCAUAUUGUAUAAAUUAGCCUAGCAACUAGCGGAGAUUUCCUCUACUCAUAUGAAGCCAGGAUAAAUCUCCCACAAGACUUAAAAUGCUAUUUUGUGGGGGCUUUAUUGUCUUCACCAUUAAUUGUUUCUUAUCUAUGAAAUAAAAGUAAAUUAAAGGUUUGUUUCCAGAGAAAUGGCUCUCAGCUUACAAAAAUAGACAGGAGGUCUGCCUUGCCAUGAUGUGUAGUUACAUUUCUGGGGAGAUGCAUGUCAGACUACGGUGUAGUCUCUGCGUUGGCGCAGCAUGUUCUAAAUAUUGAAGGACGAUGUGUCCCCAGCAUCCCCUCAAAAAUCUUUGCCUAUGAAUGAAGGGUUGAGUUGAUCUGACAGGGCUGUGGGGGUACAUCUGACAAAAAACACUGCAGUACUGUGUACAUUGCACCAACAACCUCCUCACAGGUCUCACAGUCAUCAACAUGUUACCUAAACAUUGGCAAACAAGUUGGAGACAAAUCCAAACAGAUUUAACUAUAGCAUAUAGAAAUCUUUAUUUAGCCUGUCCAGAAACCAGACUCCUCCCCUUCAAAGUGAAUUUGAAAUGACUUUCGGACAGACAUAACAAAUCAAUGUGGCUGCCUGUGAUGCUGAAUGCACCACCUCCUCUCUCACCCUGUUAACAGCAGUAAAGAGUGUGGAGGCAGCCAGUCGCCCAGAGGCUACAGAAUGCUGCUUUAUUUAUUAUUAGAUUACUUAUUUGAAAGUGGUUCCCUUCCUGGGCCUCAGCCGUGUGGUCCAUCAUCUGUAACAACCUCCUCCUCAUCAUCACAACAUGCCUUCAAAACCUCCAUGCACACUGGAGGAUAAGGGAAAGGGCAUGUGUCAAAAAGCAUCGCACCAAACUGCAAUGCAUGUCAAACUCACAUUCCCUUUUUCACCAUGUCUGCUUAUUGUGUGUCUACAGGGUUGGAAUUUUCCACAGCAAAGCAAAGUCAGUAUCAAUGUUCAUAUCUCAGAUUUCAGCAUGUGAAUGCACCAUUGCUAAAAUGAGUUUGCAUAUACAGCUGCUCUACUAUGUAGAGAUAGGACAGUUUAAACAAGAAUAAAGAUGGGUGAAUUGUCUUAAUUAGCAUAUUCUAUCAUGUUUGUUUAAUCCAUAAUAAUAGUGAUCAAAGGGUACAGAUGACACUGGCCCAAGGCCAUGGGGGCCCAUGCAAAGGUCAAUGGUUGACCCUUAAAUGGAAUCAAGUAGCAACGAUUUACUUACUGACUUAUAUCACUGACUGCUAUAUGCUAAAUACAGUUUUGUUAUCAUUUAAACACAUUUUAAAUUGUACUUUGAUAGCCCACCUCCUGCAGUUAUUGUGAAAAUGUUAUGUCCAGUUUCGACUGUACCAGGUAUGACAACCAGAAGCCGAAUGUGGCAAAGGUGAGGUGCCAGGCAGACAGGCAAAUGAAACCUGCUGUAAUGGGCUCAGUUUUAAAGCUAGAGUGAAUAUGCUGGUAUCAUAUGAAAACAGACGACCUAAGGCAUCCAUUGGUACUAACUGGAGAUGCACAGUAUUGGAUUUUUUGCCAACAUCCAAUAUGCUGAUAUACAACAACUCAUUUAGCUAAAAACCGAUACUGAUACUGAUAUCGAUAUCAAUAUCAAUUAUCAAUAUCAAUAUAUCGAUAUAUUAUGGAAAAUUAUGCAACUUGAUUCCCCGAAUCCUCUGACUGAAUAUACCUCUUGUAUGCUUGUACCCCGGUUUAUCCUUAUUUCUAUAUGUAUUUUCAUUCAUGUAGGCCUACUUAUGUAAUACCCUUGUUUAACACCAUGUAGCCUAUUUGUGUUUGCAUUGUGUAGCAUUGUUAUUUCAUUGUCUGAUUUAUAUGCAUUGAUAAAGAAAAUUUCCUUUAAAAUUCGAAAAGCUCCGAGGACAAUAAUAAUUCACAGCCUUUUGUUUUCGCAGGGUGUUGUUUUACUUUGUGGUGUUUUAAGGAAUUUGUAAAACAGCCCUGACAAAGACCUGCAGUGGUUGAAACAUGUUGGCUCUUUUAAUGAUUUAGCCAUUACAAUAAAGGC